UGCCACCUGUAUUUAUCAGCCAGGACACACCGAUUUAUCGGGAUAUUCGUGUGAAUUGGGCCAUUCCCGGGGCUCCGGGGCGAGGAGCGGGCGAGCCCCGCGGCACCGCCGCGCCUCGCGCUUGGAAGCCACGGCUCGAGCGGCGCGUUCGGUCGCGAUUCGGUUCGGUCGCGAUUCGAACGCUGUCCGGUUCGGUCGCGGUUCCAUCGCGGAUCGUUUCAGUCGCGGUUCGAUCGUUGUCCGGUUCGGUCGCGGUUCCAUAGCGGAUCGUUUCAGUCGCGGUUCCAUCGCGGAUCGUUUCUGUCGCGGUUCGACCGCGGUCCGGUUCAGUCGCGGUGCGAUCGCGGAUCAGUUCAGUCGCGGUUCGGUCGCAGCUCAGUCGCGGUUCGGUCGCGAUGCCCAGGAGCAGAAAGCGCCGCCGUGAUCCCAGCGAGACUCGUGUUACAUCAUCUGUGGAAGAUCCUGAGGAGGUUCCUGCAAAAAGACCAAAAUCAGGAUGUGUCUCUGGGGCUAACAGGGAGCCUGAAGAGGUUUCUGUGGAUGCCGAGUUUGAGGCAGCAAGUAGAAGCCAGGAGACUAAAGAGAGAGAUGACUUCUCCUUCUCUGACUCUGAGAAUGAGGUUGUGUACAUUUCUUCUGACUCUUCAUUUGUAGUGUCUACAGAGGAUGAGGACACAAGACCUGUUGCUGAUGGCUCGUGCUCUUCUGUGGUAGAAAAAAUGCCUUGUGACACCACCUGGACUGAGGAAACACCACCCUCUCCUUGCAAGACAGUUCCAUAUCUGAGCCUGGGCAGGGAUAACGACACCCAAGCUGCUCCGGAGAGCCCUGUCACACCCAGGCCCCCCAUUAAGGAGCCACGUCCCACCUCUCCAGGAGUCAGUGGCACCAGCAGGCCUUUGUGUGCUGCUGAAGAGGAUGUUCAGCAAGCAGAAAAUAAGAAAUACAAAAAGCUCUUGAGUCUGCUCAGGGAAAAAUAUUCUGGAAAACUUACUUCUCCACGGCCAGGAAGACUCAACAAGGUUCAAACCAAGGAACCAGGGAUGACUGGGAGUCCCCUGAAAGAGCAGAAAUCCAGAGGUGCCUCUCCACCUGUGCCAGAAAGUACCAGUACCAAACAUGGGGAUGCUUUCAGCCCCCAGCUGCCUCAGAGAGGUGUCAUGAUCAGCUACUACACACCUCCAGAAGAUUCUCGUGGACGGGCAAAACGAGAGAAACGAGCUGCUUCAGUGGGCCAGCGUGCAGCCAAAGCCCCCCAAGGAAAAUUAUUCGAGUUCCAUGUGAAACCUGUCCUGUCCAAAGACCUGUUUUUUGUGGACAGCGAGCCCCUGCCAUGCCCACAAAAGCCAGCAGAUGAUCUGACUCCACUGACAAAGGCCAUGGAGAAGGAGAUCUCUGCUGCCUUUAACAGUGGUGGGCCUGAGGACAUCCUGAGCAGGGCCUUCAAGCUCAGUGUCACCCGUGAGGACAUCUGCACCCUGCAGCCCCAGGGCUGGCUCAACGACAAGAUCAUGAAUUUCUACAUGAGUCUUCUGGUGGAAAGAAGCAAGAAGGAAGGUUAUCCAGCAGUCUAUGCUUUUAAUACCUUCUUUUAUUCCAAGCUAAGCUCUACAAGCCACAAGGGAGUAAAGAAAUGGACCAAAGGUGUGGAUAUCUUUGAGCAUGAUGUCAUCUUGGUGCCUAUUCACCUCAGAAUUCACUGGACACUACUGGUCGUAGACCUCCGAGAGAAAGCCAUCAAAUACUUUGACUCCUUGGGACAGAGAGGAGACCACAUUUGUAAAACUGUCUUAAAAUACCUGGAAGAGGAAAGCAGGGAGAAAAGAAACAUUGAAUUGACUACCUCUGAGUGGACCCUUCGCAGCAUGGGCACAGAGGAAAUCCCUCAACAAGACAAUGGAAGUGACUGUGGAGUUUUUGUUUGCAAAUUUGCAGAUUUCAUCUCCAGAGACAAACCCAUCAUCUUCAACCCGGAACACAUGCCUUAUUUCCGCAAGAAGAUGGUGUGGGAAAUAAUCCAUCAGCAGCUGCUGUGAGACGUGCACUGUUAAGAAAACACUGUUCUGUUAAAGAGUAGUAUUUAUUUCUUAUUCUUUAGGUGAGAUAAGAUAAAUAUUAACUUAUGUAAGAGCCUUAUUGUAAGGAAACGUUACUUGUUAAUAAAAUAAUUUAUUUUUCAAUUGAAAACUGA